GCACAUGCUUGUCUGGAGGCCCCGACUCUCAAUGAUGCCUACCGACUCAGCUUUGGCUCGUGCCCUUGGGCGCUGUGCAGUGCUGGCUCCCAUUGUCCAAGAGACGUGGUAUUACUGGGUGAAGCAUUGGGAUGUAGGCAUAGAGACGGUGGAGCGUCUAGGAUUCGUACCUUCGAGCCUGACUCAUGCUUUCCUGGCCCUCGAUCUCGCCCUCACGACAGCCAGUUGCGCGGCCGUCGCUCUCAAUGUGUUCACGCCAUACGGGGUGCUUGGUAUACUUGCGCAUAAAGCCCUCGAAUGGAUCGGGUUUGGGUUCUCCCUGGACCACCGGCUUCUGCAUAGGCUCUUUGCCUUGUCAGUACCUCCGAUCCUCAUGGCCCUUUGCAGUGGCGGCGUGACUUCCGGCAUUGCAAAGGGAGAGCCCGCUGAACGUCAUAAGCAAUAUUUGUGGGCCGGGCGUGUCCUGUUCGUUCUCUUCUUCAUUGCGUUCGGCUACCAGUACGGUAAAUGGGUUCAGAUGAGGGUUACACUCUCCGCUGUUUGCCUUGGGACGUAUGCCCUGGCUUCUCUGGGCAUAAUUGACCUCCGCUCGUCCACCCCAUUCCUAGUGAUCCUCCUCCUUGCCGUCAAUGCAAGGAACAACGACUGGUGGGCGCACCCUGUAGGACAUGUCAGGCGGUUCUUGAAGGGGACCGAGUUUGGACAUAUGUUAGUCCCUGUGGGAUGUAUCCUUCUGCUGUUGGAGAUCGAACGGGAUAUGUGA